ACUUUUCCCGCGCAAAUAGUAUAAAAAAGCACGCGUACAUCGAUCUCUGCAGACGAUAUUUCUGACCGCUGACCCAGGACACGUUCCGACCUGACCCGCUGCACCAUGAAGUUCCUCAUCGUUGCGAUUGUGCUGGCCGUUCUGGCUAAUGCUGAGGCCGCCCCGAAGUUCAAGCCCAAGAUGGCUCCCCAGCCCCGCAUCACCUGCGAUCUUCUGAGCUUCUCCUUCGGAGGGGCCAGCUUCGGUGACUCCGCAUGCUCAGCUCACUGCCUCUUUCUUGGCUACCGAGGGGGGUACUGUAACAACCAAAACGUCUGCACCUGCCGCUAGAGGGUCCCUCAUUACAGUGGAGUAGUCAUGGAGACAACCUGGCAACAAAAAUAUGUCUUGAUCCGAUAUCAUCACAGUAAUAAAUGACUGUUCAAUCA